AUGUCUUCUGAAAUUUCUUCGCAUUCUCUUUCUCUCAAUCAAGAUCCUUCUAGUAUUUUCUACAUUCAUCCAACUGAUCAGACUUCACAGCAACUAGUUACUGGUGCUGUCCCUCGACCUUCACCUGAUGAUAAAACAUUCUCUGCUUGGGAAAGGUGCAAUGAUCUAAUUGUCUCCUGGCUUCUUUUUAAUCUUGAGCCGACAAUCUCAAAGAGUGUUUUGUAUCUUCAAGAUGCUACUGCUAUUUGGAAGGAUCUCGAUGAUCGUUUUGGUCAUACGACUGGAACGCAAUUGUUCUCGUUGGAACAACAAAUUGCAGAAAUUACUCAAGGUAAUUUAUAUGUUGCUGAGUUUUACACGAAAAUUCGAGGUUUUUGGGAUGAGAUGCAGGCAAUUGAUCCGACUCCUGUCUGUAUCAGUAAUAAAUGCACCUGUAAUUUGACACAACGCAUUCUCAAACAAGAACAAGAGCAUAGGCUUAUUCAAUUUAUCAUGAAGUUGCAUGAUCAAUUCUCUUCGGUUCGAGGUAAUAUCUUGAUGAUGCGUCCUUUACCAAAUGUUUCUGAUGCUUAUCGCUUGUUCUCUCAAGAGGAGGAACACAAGAAUCUAGCUCAGUUUCAUCAACCUUCUUCUGUUAAUUCUUUGCUUCUUCAUCAUUGUGCUGUUGCAUUGCUUCCUUCAGUUUCACAUACCCAACGAACAUUUCAAGCUAAACCUACCAUUUUCGUUAUUUUUCUUCUUCUUUAA